UCGUAAGUUGGUCUUUCGUUAGAAGGGAAGGACUUUAAACCAGUAAAUUGCAUGUCAGAUACCACAAAUAUUCCUGUGCACCUCCUUGUUAUCCACAACUUUUCAUGCCAGUUGUAAGGAACUACUAUUAAAUUUAUUUGUUAUGCAAUGCAAGCUACAACCUUGGAAGAAAAUUGUGUCUAGUGGUAGAAAUAUAUAAAACUGUUUACCAUGACAACAGUUUUCUGUGAGGCCGAGUUUGAUGAUCUACUAUUCCUGGAGAAGGCAGGUGGAGGUACAUUUGGGAGUGUAUACAGAGCAAUAUGGAAACCAUACGAGAUGGAAGUUGCUGUGAAAAAAUUACUUGUCCUUGAUAAAGAGGCACAGGUACUAAGUGUAUUGUCUCAUAGAAACAUCAUCAAGUUUUAUGGAGCUGUGACAGAGGAGCCUAACUACUGUUUAAUUACAGAGUAUGCCAGCAAUGGAUCACUUUACGCAUAUCUACAGAAUCCAGAAAAUCAUCUAGAUUUUGAACAGAUUUUAAAAUGGGGCAAAGAAAUUGCUUUAGGAAUGAACUAUUUACACAGGGAAUCUCCAAUCAAAGUCAUUCAUAGAGAUCUCAAAUCUAAAAAUGUGGUGAUAUCAGAAGAUUGGAUAUGUAAAAUUUGUGAUUUUGGGGCAUCAAAGUUCAUGGGUGGAACAACAAAGAUGUCCCUGGCAGGAACGUUUCCCUGGAUGGCACCGGAGGUUAUACAGAGUCAUCCAGUAUCAGAAACAUGUGACACAUGGUCUUAUGGAGUGGUGUUAUGGGAGUUGUUGACUCAUGAAGUACCAUUUAAUGGUAUAGAGGGAUUUCAAGUAGCCUGGCUUGUUGUAGAAAGAGAAGAGAGGCUGACAAUACCAAGUGAAUGUCCACCAUGUUUUGCCAAGAUUAUGUCCCAAUGUUGGGAACUAGAUCCAAAGAGACGUCCAUCUUUCCGACAGAUCCUUAAUAAACUUGAUAUUAUAUUGGAAGAUGAGGCUAUGCAAGAUGUUACCAAUUCCUUCCUGGACCACAAGAACAUCUGGCAAAAUGAAAUAGAGUCAACACUGACGAGAUUAAAGAAAGCAGAAAGUCAGCUGACUAAUAAAGAACGGGAACUUAGAGAGAAGGAGAUACAGCUGAUGGCUAGAGAAAAGGAUCUGCAGCAGCAACUCUAUGUAGCUGCUUUGGAUUCCCAUGAUGUAAAUACAUGGACAGAAUAUGAUGUGCAUCAGUGGAUAAAACAGAUGGCUCAGGGUCACAAUGUAGACCUGUUAGAUUAUGCAACACUAUUUUUACACCACCAUGUCACAGGCAAAGUUUUGCUGAAUCUUACACAAGAUGAUCUCAGUAAUAUGGGAAUACAGUCUCUUGGUCAUAGAUAUGAACUCUUUACAGAAAUUGAACUUCUCAAGGCACAUAACUAUAGACUUCUCAAUUUUCCUCCUCUGGCACAGAAGUUUGGUUCCGAGGAGACACCAGAAAAAGAUUGUCGUGUAGUGAAAGUUACCAUGAUAUUUGGUCAUCACCUGAGGCUUGGACAGUCAAACAAGGAACAUAAGUGGAAAAUGUACAUGGAAAUUGAUGAUGAUGAUGAAGAUGAUGAUGGUGGUGAUGACAGUGAUUUUAAUAUCUUAACAUGUAUUAAAGAUGUCACUUUUACAGCUAAAGGUCAACAAAAAUCUUUCAAGCUUGUCCAUCCACCCUAUAUAAUGGAGAAAUGGAGUGUUGGAAUAGAAAAAGAUAUGCAAAUAGAAUGUACAGUUAAUUUUGAGAAUAAAGUGAAGAAACCAAAGUCUAGUCGUUACAUUCAUCAGCUUAGUACUAGUGGUGCUAAUUCAUAUCAAAAGGUCAUAAACUUGACCUUAACCAAAGUCAUGGAGAAAUCUACUCCAACUGUACAAAUUACCAAAAAUGAAGUUAAGUCAGUACAAAGUUCACCACAAUUACAAGGUGCCUGGGUUAACAGAAAUACAUUCACUCCUGUUACAACUCCAGAAAAGAAAGGACACCCAGAUGUUUGGGCGAGUGUUGUAGCAGGUAGACGUCCAUCUUUCCCAGAUAAACCUAAACCUAGGCAUGUUCCAGGUACCACAAUGACACUACAUGCUCCACAUCAUGAUCAGCUCUCAUGGCAACACAGUCUGUCAGGGCAAACUGGGCAUGUUCCAUCUCCGGCAACCAUGACAAAGUCACCAUCAUCUCCAGCUUCUAUUGGUAGCAAACAUUCCAACCCAUCACCUGGUCAGGUAUCUCCAGGGCAACAUGUGAUAUACCCAUGGUUUCAAGGAUGUCAUUCAAGUGCAAGUGAUGGUAAUCUUUUACAAGGCCAAAAUUUAGGGUAUUUAUCCCCGGGACAGUUAUCUUUUUCCAGUCAUUCACCUCUCCCAGUUUUACCUAAUGUCGAGGAAGAUGACAUUUAUCACAAUGUAAAUUCUGAAAUAUCAGAUAUUGCUCAAGGUCAAACAUCAAAGGUCACUUUUUCUCUAACAGAUUCAUCUUCAUCUAAAAGUACAGAGAGUGGGUUUAGUGAGCAUGUUGCUAAACAGACAUAUGCGUCAGUGUGCACAAAAUGUAAAGAUACGUUUGAUGAAACAGACAAGCAUAGAAACAGGGAAGAAAGGCCAGGGACUAUAAGUGUGUCAGAGGUUAGUGAAAGAGGUCCAGGUCACAGUGAAAGAGGUCGAGGUCACAGGGGUCAGAUAUAUAGACAAGAACAUGACAACAGGGGAUAUGAAAAUAGAAAUAGAAUAGGUAGGUGGAAUACUGGUAAUAGGGGUAAUUUUAGAGGAAAUAAAUCAAACAAAAGUAAUUUUCAACAAUUUUCUCAGGAAAGAAGUGAUAAUUAUCAGAGAGGUGGCAGACCAGGUCGUUAUAGAAGAGGUCAUAGAGGUAAUUUCCAGGGUAACAGAAAUAAUAGAAACUAUUUGGAUAGUGAGAGCAAAGGUGUCAGUAGUGAGCCUGUUCUUGAAAAGGAAGUUACUCAGUCUAAUAUGCCAGUGCGGAGAACUGUGAGUUCCCCUGACAAAACUAGAGAUAAAGACAUAACACAUUUCACUUAUGAUACUGAAGAUAAAAAGGUAUCUUCAGAUAAACAUGAAGCCUGUGAUAAUAAUCUUAAUCAGUUAUGCUCUAAUUUAACAUCAGAUUUAGUAAUUAAUGACAAAAAAGGGCAUUUAGAAGAGAGUGAAAAUAAUGUAUUUGGUAACAUCUCGGACAGCCCCAACCAAUCAACUGGACGAGAGUGGACCAGUGUUAAUAAGAAGAAAAAACACAACACUAAUGCUAAAGACUUCCAUUAUUCUGUAAGAAGGGAUAAUAACAGUUCUGAUUUAAGCAGGGGUAGGAGAUAUAGUAAAAAGUCAGGAAACCAUUUUAAACAAUUUGAAAGGGACCAAAUAUCUGAAAGGGGAAGAGAACAUCAUGGUGCAAGGUUCUAAAAGCCUCUAUCAUGUAUAGUCAUCAAAUUUUGCAUUUUAUCAAAUAAAAUUUUGUAACUUAGCAAAAGGAGGCUUGUAAUUCAUCCAACUGUCUAUCCAUAUGUCAGUUUACUUACAAAGCAAUCGGUACAGUACUAGUCCGACAUGUUAACCAUGCUGUCUCAACCAUUUAUUGUCUUUCAUGAUAAAAAUUCUGGGUCAGAUUUUGAUAUUAUGUAAUUUCUUCGAAAUGAUUGAAAAGUUGAUACAAUUAUGUUAAGGUGGUUUCAGGGAACAAUAAGUAACAGUAAAUCAUGAUUUUGUUGCUCUUUUGUGGCUAUAAAUUAUCAAAGUUGACUAAGGUCAGCAUCCUGUGUUUUUUGCCAAAACUAUGUUAUGCAUAUGUUCAGUGUAAAAAUUACUAAUUCAGAUGAAAUUUCAAAUUUAUUUAAUAUCUUUUAUAAAACUGUUUAUGAUAAAUUAUAUUUAUUUUUAGUUUUUUUUUUAUUAAUUUUAUAAAUAACUUGUUGAUGAACAUUGAAUAAAUCAUGGACAAAACUAUUGG